CAGAUUUCAAAAGUUUGCGCGCCAUGAGAGUAAGAAGAGUCGUGAAGACUGUGCUAAGUGUGGAGCAGGAGGAGGGCGUCGGGGCCCGCGUCCGCCGGAGCAUCGGCCGAAAGGAGCUGAGGAACUUAGAUCCGUUUUUGAUGUUAGAUGAGUUUAAAGUCAGCAAGCCGGCUGGGUUUCCUGACCACCCUCACCGGGGAUUUGAAACCGUGACCUACCUCUUACAAGGUGUGUCUGCUCAUGAGGAUAACUGUGGACAUAGUGGGAGACUCGGCCCUGGGGACCUGCAGUGGAUGACGGCGGGCCGCGGGGUGGUCCAUGCGGAGAUGCCCGUGUCCGACGAGCCCAUCCAUGGCCUCCAGCUGUGGGUGAACCUCAGAGCAGCUGACAAGAUGGUGGAGCCACAGUACCAGGAGAUUAAGAGCAGCGAUGUGCCCAAGCCCAGCCAGGGAGGAGUUACCGUGGCCGUCAUCUCUGGGGAGGGACUGGGAGUCAAGUCCAAAGUCUACACAAGAACCCCGACAACUUAUCUUGACUUUAAGCUGGAUUCUGGCGCAAAGCACACUCAAGCAGUGGCUUUAGGAUGGACAUCAUUCAUCUACACUCUUUCUGGAUGCCUCCAUGUUGGUCCUGAUAUGUACCAGAGGAAAAUAGACCCACAUCACACAGUGGUGUUGGAUGAUGGUGACUGUGUUGUCGUUGAAAAUAAGGGAUCUGAACUUUGCCACUUUGUGCUAAUUGCUGGAGAACCAAUCAAUGAACCCAUUGUCCAACGCGGUCCUUUUGUUAUGAAUACAGAAGAAGAAAUCAAUCAAGCAAUCAAGGACUUUCGUUCUGGGACCAAUGGGUUCGAGGGGGCAAAAGAAUGGCAAUCAAAAAUAGGGGAUACCUGAAUUAGGAACUACUAGGUUUACUUCUAUCAUAACCAUGUUUAAGAAUAGAAGACUCACUGUGUGUUCUUGAACAUUAAUCUCAGCUCUGUAUUAAUGUACCUUUAAUUAUAGAGCUUGAUCUUAAUGGGUUGAUAAAUUUGGCUUCUUAUAUCCUUACAUAAAAAUAAAUGAGCUAUGGUGUAGUAUAUUUUUAUAGUAUCAUUUGUCUAUAAUUAUUUUCGAAAGAGAAUAUAUGAAAGCACUAUUUUUAAAAGAAUUGCAACAUCAUACAACUGUUUCACUGUUGAUUUUUUGUGUAUGAGAGCACUGUGUAAUAUAUGGUGUUUGAUGGGCUCUGUAGUUAAACACUUCCUUUGGAACUUGGAGUGGAACUUGGUGAUAGAUGAAUGUGUUGAUAUUUAAUAAAUCAUGCCUCGUGUGUAA